AUGUCGGACAGCCUCCUUGCCCGCAUCCCGCAGGAGCUCCUCCUGUCCAUCAUGGCGGACGCUUUCCCAGAAAGUGACCGCUUCCACGACAACGUAGACAUGACGACGGAGGGGCACCUGGCGCAGCGGCAGGCGCUGCAGGAGAUUGCCGAGGACGCCGGCGCUGUGCUGCCGGUGCUCGUCCGCCGUGCGGCGCUGGACGUCUCGAUGGGCUACCUGCAGCCGACGACCAUGGCCGCCCUGCUGGAGGAGGUGGCUCGCUUCCAGGCGCAGCCGGCACUGGGCCGGGCGGUGCGAACGCUGGUGUUGGACGUGGGCUUUCUGGCUGGUUCAGGAUCAGGUGUAGGUGCAGAUGCAGGUGGCGGCGAUGACGUGGGGAUGUCUGAAAAUGCCGAGGAGGAUCCUCUCGUAGACGUAUACCGCCUGGCACACGAGCAAAUGCCGGCGAGUGUGCAGAUGCCAGCCGACAGCGAGUAUGGCAGCAGCAGCAGCGAUGAUACGGAUGGCAGUGACGACAUGGACGGCACAGAUGCCGGCUCCGACGCCGAAUCCAACCGCCUGCCAGCGUGGGUGGCGCGCUGGGGCGUUCCUCUGACGCGCCUGCUGCAGCGCACGCCGGGCCUGUCGGCGCUGACGAUGGGCCUUCGCGGCGCCGCAUCGAUUCCGGCCAUUGACGGCGACGACGACGCCAACAACCGCCUGUCGCUCCCCCGGCUCGCGUCGCUCUUGUUCGACCAGAGCCAUCCCUUCCACGGCGGCGGCGUCCUCGACACGUCUGGGAUGAUUCUGCGCAGCUGCCCCAACCUGAGAGAGCUGUAUCUCUCGGGCAUCGACCAGGCCUUGUACUUUCUACGGGGCGUGCGCCUGACGCCCAGUGCACUGGACCGCGUUCUGCGCAUCGUCGGACCACAUCUCACCAAGGUAAGCGUCGACGUGCCGGGUGGCGGUCCCCGGUGGACGACGCCGCACAUGGCAGCGUUGGCAGCAGCCGCCCCUGCUGCCGGCGACGACAACGACAACGACAACGCCACGCCCGUCGACGACAGCGAAACGCGCUGCUACACGACGCGCGAGCUCGUGACCCGCCUGCUGCCCUGGGCCGGCUCGCUGCAGUACCUGCGGCUGGUCACCCGCUUCCAGCACGAGCUCAGCGUGCGCCGCCGCGAACGAUCCGAGGCCCGCCGGCAACGGACGGCGACGCCGCCGAGCAUCAUGUCGCUCGUGGCCCAGUUCACCCGCCUCCAGAACGUCUACAUCGGCUCCGUCUUCUUGGCCGCGGGCGAGAGCGACGACAGCAGCCUUUCCGUCGUGUUCACCAACAUCGACGCCGACACCGACCACCACCUCGAACACGACAUCGACGGCAUCGUCAUCCAGUACCCGGACGAGGCCGCCUACGACCCGGACGCCUACGUCGCCGACACACUCGCCGCCGCCCUGCCCGCGAGCCUCGUCAAGCUCGUCCUCCACUGCCCCCACCAGAACGCCUGGUUCGGGCCCUACGCCUGCCGCCCGGCCGUCCUGGGCCUGCUGCGGGCCGUUCGCCGCGGCCACUUCCCGUGCCUAGCCGCCGUCGUCAUCGACGUGCCGCUGAGCGACGACGACGUGGUCGAGGUGGACGUGGGUGAAGACGACGCUGGUGGCACGCGCACGAUGACGGUCCAGGUGCCGCACGCGCACGGCUUUGUGCGCGAAGACAUGUCGCCGCAGCGGGGCUUCUGGUCGGCGCGCCGGCUGUGGAGGGAGCAGCUCAAGCAGGAGCGCGAGGCGGCGCGGCAGCAGCAGAUGCAGGCGCAGGCCGAGCUGCAGGACAGCUCGGAUCUGUUUAUGCCCCAGUAG